AUGUCGAACACAGCUAGGGAUUGGGCGGAUGACGAUGAUCUCGAUGAGACCACCCAGGCCGAGCUGCCUCCUCCCCAGACCAUCCAGAACAAGGACGGCACCAAGACCACCAUCACCUACCGCUACAACGAGGAUGGCCAGAAGGUCAAGACCACCCGGCGGAUCCGCCUCGUGACGCACCGCGAGGUCGUCAACCCGCGCGUCGCCGAGCGCAAGACCUGGUCCAAGUUUGGCCUGUCGGCCAACGACAAGCAGGGCCCCCAGAGCGACACGACCUCGGUCGGUGAGAACAUCAUCUUCCGCCUCUCGACCAACUGGAAGAAGGACACCAAGGACGAGGCCAAGGACGCCCAGGCCAACGCCAUGAAGGACAAGCUCAAGGACAAGACGGUCAAGUGUCGUAUCUGUAACGGCGAGCAUUUCACUGCCCGCUGUCCCUACAAGGACACCAUGGCCCCCGUCGGCGCCGAGGGUGCUGCCGACCCCGCUGCCGGCAUGGGCGACGAGCCUGCCCCGUCCUCUGCUGGCGGCCUUGGCGCAAAGAAGGGCAGCUACGUUCCUCCUGCUCUCAGAAACGGCGGCGGUGCCGCAGGUGCCGGUGGCGAGAGGAUGGGUGGCAAGUUUGGCGAGCGGGACGACUUUGCUACGCUGCGUGUUACAAACGUUUCCGAAAUGGCCGAGGAAGGCGAGCUCCGCGACAUGUUCGAGCGCUUUGGACGUGUUACACGUGUGUUCCUUGCCAAGGACAGGGAGACGGGCUUGGCCAAGGGUUUCGCUUUCAUCAGCUUCGUGGACAGAGAGGAUGCCGUCAAGGCAUGCAACAAGAUGGACGGUUACGGUUUCAAGCAUCUUAUCCUGCGCGUAGAGUUUGCCAAGAAGGCCCAGUAA